GGCCCGGGCCCCCCCGGGCGCCGCGGGCCCAGGCGGCCCGGAUGGCGGUCGCGGCGGCAGGGGCAGGGGCUGGGGCCGGCGCGGGCGGCAGGCGCGGCCACCACUGACGGGUAGUCGGGCACCCCGAGCAGGCCGAGUAUGCAGCGCUGGAAGGCGGCAGCCUUGGCCUCGGUGCUCUGCAGCUCCGUGCUCUCCAUCUGGAUGUGUCGGGACGGCCUGCUCCUCAGCCACCGCCUGGGACCCGCGCUGUCCCCACUGCGCCGGCCACCUCGCACCCUGGACGCCCGGAUCGCCCGUCUGGCCCAGUAUCGCGCACUGCUGCAGGGCGCCCCGGACGCGGUGGAGCUGAGCGAGCUGACGCCCUGGGUCGGAAGGCCCCCGCGUCCGCGCCGUCGGGCGGGGCCCCGGCGGCGGCGCGCGCGUGCGCGGUCGGGGACGCGGCCGUGCGGGCUGCGCGAGCUCGAGGUGCGCGUGAGCGAGCUGGGCUUGGGCUACGCGUCCGACGAGACGGUGCUGUUCCGCUACUGCGCAGGCGCCUGCGAGGCGGCGGCGCGCGUCUACGACCUGGGGCUGCGGCGGCUCCGCCAGCGGCGGCGGGUUCGGCGGGAGCGGGUGCGCGCGCAGCCCUGCUGCCGCCCGACGGCCUACGAGGACGAGGUGUCCUUCCUGGACGCGCACAGCCGCUACCACACGGUUCACGAGCUGUCGGCGCGCGAGUGUGCCUGCGUCUGACCCUACCUCACCGGCGCCGGCGCGACGGCGCCCACCGUCCCGCCGGGCAGGCCCCGCGGCCGCAGACUGCCCCUGCGCAGACGAUGCCGUCGAGGCCCCAGGACUGUCCAAUACCCGCUCCAGAUAAAGUGUGGAAAGCGGA